AUGGCUAUUACUCCAAAGACGCUCAUUGGCGAAAUUCGCAAGGGCCAUGAGCUGGACGUGACCAAGCUGGAGGCCUUUCUGCAGCGCGAGAUCAAGAAGGAGCUGGCGAUGCCGCUGACCAUCAAGCAGUUCAACGUGGGCCAGAGCAACCCGACAUACCUGAUCAUUGACAGCAGCGGCAGGAAAUUCGUUUUGCGGAAGAAGCCUGCCGGCCAGCUAUUGUCAAAGACUGCACACGCGGUGGAGCGCGAGUACCGCGUAUUGGAUGCGCUCGGACGCCACUCCAAUGUGCCGGUACCGCGCGUCUACGCACUGUGUGAGGAUCCGAGUGUUAUCGGCACGCCCUUCUAUCUGAUGGAGUUCCUGGAGGGCCGUAUAUUUCCGGAUGCGCGGCUGCCCGAGGUGCCGCCACACGAGCGCCCGCAGUACUGGUCGGCGCUGGUGAGCACUUUGGCGAAGCUGCACAAGGUCGACUACAAGGCCGUCGGGCUGGAGGGCUACGGCCGGCCGUCCGGGUACUACGAGCGCCAGCUGCGGAGUCUAAGCAAAGUCGAAGCUGCACAGGCUGCGGCCACUGACAAGCACGGCAAUGCCGUUGGCAGUCUGCAGCGUCUGGAUGAGCUGAAAUCGUGGUUCAGUCAGCGCGAAUGCCCCGACGAGACUGCGAUCGUCCAUGGCGACUUCAAGAUGGACAAUGUUAUGUGGCAUAAGACCCGGCCCGAGAUCAUUGGUAUUCUGGACUGGGAGCUGUCGACGCUAGGCAACCCGCGCACCGACCUGGCCAAUCUCCUGCAGCCGCUGCUGACGCCCUACAAUAUGCCUGGUCCCUUCAAAGGCCUGAAGGAUGCGCCUGCCAGCGAGUUCCCACCCGACGAGCAGGUGCUUCUGGGGCAGUACUGUAUGGAGAUAGGCCGCCCCUAUCCGCUCGCCGGCUGGGACUACGCGGUUGUGUUUGGGCUGUUCCGCAAUGCUGUGAUCAUGCAGGGCGUGGCUGCGCGCCUUGCCAAGGGCCAGGCGUCGUCAAGCUUUGCCAAUAUCGUCGCCAAGCAGUUCCCCGUCGUCAUGGCCCUGGCAAUGAGCGUCGCUGACGGCAGCUUCCGGACCAAGCAGAGCAAGCUUUAA